AUGAAAUUGUUAGUUGGAAUCGUAUCGAGUAUUUUGGUGUUAAUAGUUGCAAUAAUCUUGGGAUUCCGCAGUCUCACAAAUUUCCAUUCAUCUUUGGUAGUCAAGGAUGAGUGGUGGGGAAAAUCUAUAGAUGCACCUUUACACUUACCAAAUAUUAGUGAUAUAAAAAUUGAAAGAAUGCCGUCAAUAAGUUUCGGAGAAGACGCACUUGAAGACUUGAAGCAGCGUAUAAGAAACACAAGAUAUUUUCACUCCUUGGAAAAUGCUAACUGGCAAUAUGGUAGUAACAUUGCCGAUUUGAAAGAAUUUGUCAAUUAUUGGCUUGAGGAAUAUCAUUGGAAAGAUCAUGAAGAAGCAUUGAAUACACUCAAUCAUUAUCAUGCAACUAUUGAUGGCAUCAAAAUCCACUAUGUCCAUGAGAAAUCUAUCAAGAAUACUGGUCAAUUGGUUCCAAUUAUGCUACUACAUGGCUGGCCUGGUUCAUUCUAUGAGUACAUAAAAGUGAUAAAGAUUCUCAUGACAAAUGCAAAUAGUGAUUUAGCUUUGGAUAUCAUUUGUCCGUCACUUCCUGGUUUUAUUUUUUCAGAAGCACCCCACAAGCCUGGACUUGACCUGCUGCAAAUAUCAAUCCUUUUUAAAAAGCUUAUGGCUCGUCUUAACUACACUAGUUACUAUAUUCAAGGUGGAGACUGGGGUACAGUUAUCGCUAGAUUGUUAGCAAACAUUGAUUCAAGUCAUGUCAAAGGCAUUCAUCUAAACUCAUAUCUAUCAUGGCCUCCAUAUGGUCCUUUUUCACUGUUCUCAGCACAAGUCUUUCCUACGUGGAGUCUUGGUAAUGACGGCAGCAAGUUUCUUCCACUGACCAAACUAUUCCUUAAAAUGGUGUGGGAAAUUGGAUACUUCUAUCUUCAAGCCACAAAGCCAGAAAGCAUUGCAGUUGCAAUUAAUGAUUCUCCUGUUGGUCUUGCAAACUACAUUCUUGAGAAAUUCUUCACUUGGUCAGGAUGUCAAUCAGACAAAAACAUGACGUGUUUGGAGUCAAGAUUUAACAAAGAUGAAAUCAUCACAAACAUUAUGCUAUACUGGUUCACUGGGAGUAUGCCUUCUGCAAUGCGAAUAUACCAUGAAAAUAAAUUUUCGCAUUUUGUACUACCUGUAAUUGUUCCUACAGCUGUUAUCAAUUUUGCUGAAGACAUUUUUGUAUCACCACCUACUUGGGCUAAAAAUACAUUCCCAAACAUCGUUCAACUCACUGAUUUUCCUCGAGGAGGUCAUUUUGGUGCUUUACAAGAGCCAGAAGUCUUUGCUGACGACAUUUGGACAUUCAUAAAAAAAGUUGAAACAAACAAAAACGAAAAAAAAAUGAAAUGAUUAUACAUUAGAGUAUGCACAUCACUGCAAGAUAUCGUAUUUGUAAAUGAAUUUCAAAUAUUGAAAUUCUAUGAUUGGGGAACAAGUAUUUGUGUGAUAUUGGCUCUCCUUUAUGAAUUUCUAUUGAAAUCAAA